AACCCCUUAUUCAGUGGCUAAACUAAUUCGUUUAGAAAACUGAACAUGAAAUAUGCGUAAGAUGAACUUUUUCUAUCCAAGAAAGAACAGGGGAAGCAUCACAAAUACCUUACUUUCUUCAAUAAUUCUGGCCCCAAAUCUAGGAGCUCAUGCCAACUUGGUGACAUUUGCACCGUAACCUUUAGUUAAACUUAUUUGUCAAGUUUGCGAAUGCUCGAACUGGUGGAGAGUGGGCAUGAGAUGUCAACCCUUUGAAGAUCUGCGGUGUUGAUUUUCAACAAGACUUUAGAAACCCUAGGUCGGACCAAAACACAUGCAUGCCAUCUUAACUUUCGAUUCAAGUGUCUUCUUUCAACAACAAAUAACUUCCAUUCCAAGUGUCCUAGAUUAUUAAAUUGUAUGUAGUAGCUAAGCUAGCUACGGUCUUCAUCUUCUGCUUAACCCUUCACCUAUCCUCUAAUGCUUUCAGCAAUGGGAAAGGAACACCGAAAAUCUCAACCAAUUCUAAAGCUUUUGCUCUCCUAUAUGCAGUUUAGCCAUGCCUUUGAGCUUGUGUUUUUUGUCGUUGGUUUGUGCCUUGGAGUCAUGGUCAGUUUAUACUGCAAGACCUUCCCAUUCAAGUUACAAACCACUGUAAAUGUUUUCUCUUCGUCACCACUGUCGCUGUCCCUGCCAACUCCAGCAUCGCAAUUGCUCCCACAACCACCCUCACUGUUGCCAACUCCAACAUCACAAUUGCUCCCACAACCCUGCUCACCACAGCCUCUCCCAUUAGCACCAACAUCACAAUCGCUCCCACAACCCUGCUCACCACCGCCUCUCCCAUUAGCAGACUUGGGUACUGAGGUUACAUCAAAAAUUGAGGCAUUUAUGUUGCACAAGAUGGAUGAUGAUGAUGAGUUGCUUUGGAGGGCAUCAUUGGUUCCAAGGAUUAGAAGGUUUCCUUUUAACCAUGUGCCUAGAGUUGCCUUCAUGUUCUUGACAAAGGGAACUAUACCUUUGGCCCCAUUGUGGGAAAUGUUCUUCAAAGGUCAUGAAGGACUUUAUACCAUAUAUGUUCACACUCAUCCUUCCUAUGUAGAUUCAUGGCCUCAGAACUCUGUUUUCUAUGGAAGGAGAAUUCCAAGCAAGGAAGUUCAAUGGGGAAAACCAACAAUGAUUGAUGGUGAGAGACGCCUACUAGCAAGUGCUCUCUUGGACUUCUCUAAUGAGAGAUUUGUGUUACUGUCCGAGUCUUGUAUCCCAUUGUUCAACUUCACCACAAUUUACAGCUACCUCAUGAAUUCCAGUGAGAGCAAUAUUGGUUCAUAUGACGACCCGAAGAAGGUUGGUCGGGGCAGAUACAAUCCCAAAAUGUGGCCUGCAAUUAACAUAUCGGAUUGGCGCAAAGGCUCCCAGUGGUUUGAGGCCAGUCGAAAGCUUGCAAUUGAGAUCAUAUCAGACACCAAAUACUACCCCAUAUUCAAAGAGCAUUGCAAUCCUCCUUGUUACAUGGAUGAACAUUACAUCCCUACCCUAGUCAACAUUCUUGGCGUCGAAGACAACUCGAAUCGAAGCAUAACUUGGGUUGAUUGGUCCAGGGGUGGCCCUCACCCUAGAAGAUUUGGGAGGAAUGAUGUUUCAUAUGAGUUUCUGAAUCAAAUAAGGUUUGACACCAAUUGCACUUGUAAUGGUAUUAAUGCAACCACUUGUAUGUGCUUUUUAUUUGCUAGGAAGUUCAUGGGAGACACUCUGCGACCUCUCUUGCAAAUUGCACCCAUUUUGCUAGGUUCCGUUUCAUAAUUAUAAUAAUGUACAAAUCUGAUAUAACAUAUGCAUUUAUGCAUAUAUAUUUAUUCCCAUC